GGACCAUGAAUUUGGUAGGGCCCUACUUAUUAGUCAGCUCCGCUGCUUCCAGCUACUCAAUUCAGGAACAAGAUUGUUCACCGGUUUGAGCUAUAGUCAACAUAAGGCCUAAUCCUGCAUUCUUUAUGUAAGCCUCUCAGUUACACAUGUGCAAUCCUACUGACUUCAUCACACGCAGGCCAGGGAAGAAUUUGGCCCUAGAGCCAUAACCUAAACAGUGACUCAGUUCCUAUCCAGUUCCUCUGCUCGGCUAGGUAAGGUUUCAAACUGAUGCAGUCAUCUCACCAAACAGGCCCAAGAGAAAAAGACCAUCCAACCGAAUGAAAUCAGCCUGCAGUGUCUUCCCAUUCUCGAGCUGUAAAGAGAUGUGAGUGUGCAUGGCCUAGACCCCGGCAACCUGCACAGCAACUUCCCUUUGAUAUUUUAUCUACAUGGGAUUACAUUUAGUAAGAGUAACAUCGCAUAAAAGCAGAAUUUGUUCUUUCUUCUGAAUAUUGCUGACUAUUGAAACGUUUCUAGUUCUACACCUUCAGUAUUACUGUUCCCAGUAUGCUUCAUACCAUAUUUAACAUGGCUCUUCAAUCCUGACAUUCCACAUUUUAAACCUCUGAACGAUUUUCUUCUUAGCUAGAUCUCUCUUUUGUUGUGAAAUUCUGCUCUGGGAUAUAAAGAUUUAGUAACACGCAUUCUCGACUCACAAUAGCAGCAUAAAAUGUCCCAGGUACUCACAAUUCCAAUGCAAAAUAUGCAGCAUCCCUCACAUCAGCAGCACAAAAUGUACUGAGAUUAUCUUCAAACAAAAGAAUCUGGAAAAAAAACCAAACCUAUUGUCCCUUCUCUCGCAGGCACCCCUCACCACUUUGACAUUUUUAGACUUGAAAAAGGACACUUGUGUCCAAAUCCCUCUUUCCUACUCCCCUUUCGGGAGGUGGACACACCUGAUGCCCAAGGAGCUUCUUCCCCAGUCAUUUCAGGUCAAAUCCCUUUAGGUCCCUUCUACAUUGAGAGUUGAGCUGAGUUAGCCUAAUUGCUGUUCUAAACCAGUUCAGAGUUAUGCAGUUCAAACAGACUUAGAGCCGAUCACGAUUUAAGACUAAGGUUGGUCUACAGUAGUAGCAUAUAUUAAUGUUCAUACAGUGCCAUGAAUGAUGGUUCUUUGAGACAAAACAGUGGUCCCUUCUCCAAGGAUCUUACACAGUUUAGGCUGUAAUAGGCUCAGAAUGGGUUUGCAAGUAUGACUUGCCUUCCAAUAACUGUAUGUUUUCCGGUACCCAUGUCUAGGUGGGAAGGGUUUUCAGUAUUGCUGGAGGAGGCCCAGCUCUGGAGCGGGACAGUGGGAGGUUGAGAGGUCUCUUUCAACACAGGUAGUGAGAGGCUGAGAAUCUCAUGCACCUUUCCCUCCUGGCAACACAGACCACAACCACUAGGGCAUAGGUGAGAUCGCUCCCCUGUGAUCUGUGAAAUCCACCUGGUGAGCUACCAGAGACAGGCUGAAGGCACCUGCUGGUUAGCCUCCCGUCUGAAGGACUCCUACAAGCAGAAUACAGCAAGUAAUUUAAAUCCCGCUGCCUCAGACUAACCAGUUCUGUUUCCCCCGCAUGUUCACAGGCAUGACAAUGAAUUUUAAAAGGUAUUUCAUUAGAGUGCUGCACCGUCUCCAGAAGGGGCCGGGAUACACGUACAAAGAGCUGCUGGUCUGGUACUGCGAUAACACCAACACGCAUGGGCCCAAGCGCAUCAUCCGAGAGGGGCCAAAGAAAAAAGUCAUCUGGUUUUUCCUGACUCUGCUCUUCGCAUCUCUCGUCUUCUGGCAAUGGGGGAUCCUCAUUGACACAUACCUCUCCUACAGUGUCAGUUCAUCUCUGUCUAUAGGGUUUAAGACCAUGAAGUUCCCAGCAGUCACGGUCUGCAAUGCCAGCCCCUACAAAUACUCCAAGGUGAGGCAUCUAUUGAAAGAAUUGGAUGAUCUCACUGAGGCAGCCCUGGAAAGGAUCCUGCAGUCCAAGCACGGGGCCACAAUCUCAGCUCCCCCACUAAACUCCAGCGAGACUGUUUCUCAGCAGUUAGACCUGAAGCUCUGGAACCAAAUCCCCUUGGUUCUGAUUGAUGAGAGUGACCCAGACCAUCCCGUCAUUAUCGAUCUCUUUGAGACCAACCAAAGCGGUUCAGGAACCCGACCCAACAAUUCCUCUCCCGCCCUGUCCAACGUGACGUCAGAAGUGAAGAAACACAAAGUGGCAGUGAAGCUGUGCCACCACAAGGACAUCCCCCAGUGCAUGUACUGGAACUUCACCAGCGCGGCCCAAGCGGUGACAGAAUGGUACAUUCUACAGUCCACUAGCAUCCUCUCUAAAGUCCCGCUGCAAGAGAGGAUCAGGAUGGGCUACCAGCCAGAGGACAUGAUCCUAGCAUGUCUGUACGGGGCAGAGCCCUGCAGCUACAGAAAUUUCACCCAGAUCUACCAUCCUGACCAUGGCAACUGCUACAUCUUUAACUGGGGAAUGGAUGAGGAAGCCCUGAUUUCUUCCAACCCGGGAGCAGAGUUUGGGCUGAAGUUAAUUCUGGACAUCAGCCAACAAGACUACAUUCCCUACCUCACAUCUACCGCCGGGGCCAGGCUUAUGCUGCAUGAGCAGAAGAGUUUCCCGUUUCUUAAAGACCAGGGCAUCUAUGCCAUGUCUGGGACAGAAACCUCUAUCGGCGUAUUAGUGGAUGAACUUGAGCGGAUGGGUUAUCCCUACAGCGACUGCACGAUGAAUGGGUCAGAUGUCCCCGUAAAAAAUCUUUAUAACGAAUAUAACACCUCCUACUCCAUACAGGCUUGUCUGCGCUCCUGUUUCCAAGCUCAGAUGUUUGAAAAUUGUGGGUGUGGGCACUAUCUGUUCCCUUUACCUGAAGGGGUAAAUUAUUGCAACAAUGAAGAUGAUCCAGACUGGGCAUAUUGCUAUUCUUCACUGAGAUCAAGUAUAAGACACAGGCAGUUUUGUAUUGACUCUUGUAAGGAAACAUGCAAUGACACUCAGUACAAGAUGACCAUAUCGAUGGCAGACUGGCCCUCUGAAGCUUCCGAGGACUGGAUUUUCCAUAUUUUGUCCUAUGAAAGAGAUCUGUCAACAAAUGUGACUCUGGACAGAAAUGGGAUCAUCAAGCUAAAUAUUUACUUCCAAGAGUAUAACUACAGAACCAUCUCGGAAUCCGCGGCUACAACCAUUGUGUGGCUCCUGUCAAGCUUGGGAGGCCAGUUUGGGUUCUGGAUGGGGGGCUCGGUGCUGUGCCUCAUUGAAUUUGGAGAAAUCAUCAUUGACUUUCUAUGGAUCACCAUAAUUAACAUCAUCAGCUGGUGCAAAGGCCUGAAGCAGAAACGAGCCCGGGCCCAGUACCCAGACACACCUCCGACAGUGUCAGAGCUGGUGGAGGCUCACACCAAUCUUGGGUUCCAACAUGAGGACACCAACAUCACCCCCUGUGAUGAAGUUCCUCCCCCUGGAGCACUCCCACCAGAGCCAGGCACCCCACCACCCAACUACGACUCCCUGCGGGUAGACCCACGGGCUGGCACUGACUCGGACAGCGAUGCAGAGGCCAGUUAAGACCUCAGAAUAUUGCACUGCACGUGGCCACCUGACCCUUGUAAUUGACUCGGCACUGUGCUUUGUUCGUUAGGAGAGCGGCAGGGGCUAAAAAGGCCACAAAGCUCAUUUAAAAGAAAUUCCACCGAUAAAGCAUGGGGGGGGGGGGAGGCAUUGACUUUACUGUAUAACGUGUGCGUAAUUCAAUACUGCAAUCUAUUCCAGUCUAAGACAUACUACGGAUUUUUUUCAGCAAGUUCCUCCCCCACGCGCCCUUGUAUCUCGAAAGUGCUUCUUUGCAUGCUGUUUCUGUGAUCAGUAGCUUCUCAUGGAAUGACGGUGAUAAACGAAUCGUACUACUAGGUAUACAAGUACGCUACCAGAAUAAAGGCUGUUGCAAUGACAACGGGAAAUUUAUUACAUGGGAGGAAAGUCACAAAGGAAAGACUGAGGGUGGCUUGCAGUAGAAAGAGACUGGGACAUCCAUGGCAUGAGAAGCUGAUAGGGGCUUUGCUGUAUGGGGUAGUACAGACUAGAGCCUGUUCUACACACAUCUGUUUCUGUACAGCUAGCCUGCAAGUAACAGAACUGAAGUGACCCACCCUUUUUCAUCUUUUUCUAAGGUCUUCUCCACUCUCAAUAUUUCUGCCUCCAAAUAACCAGCAGUAUAAACAGGGACCUGCUCCACACACAAGUGGUGUUGGCUGCUUGCUGGAGCCCUUAUGCUUUUUGUUUGUGUUCCUGUGCUCACUGCUCUGAUUUUUAGUAAUUAGUUUCCUGCAGAUGGGCACAUUUGUUAAUAUAUGUUAGAGGUAAACAGUUUAGAUUCCAAUAAAGAUACAAGCACGCCUACCCUGGGUGGAGUGGCAGGUCACCUAACAGUAUCAUUCUUGGCAAAAAACACCAGCUCUCAUUGCUGAGUUUCCUGGUGGCAGAGCAGGUGACGCUUAGUGCUUAUAAAAAGAGACGCUGCUAGUACAGGAUAGGACUAGGUCCGGUGCAGAUUUAGGUCAAGCUUCCCUAGGCAGCCAGCUCUGCUACUGCAACAGCACUAGCCCUGCGAUUCCAUUUUGCAGACUGCCUUAGGGAGCGGGGUUGCAGUGAUCUAGUCAGAUCUCCAUAGGGCACUUGGCAGGUGAGCCUAGGACCUUGCUCUUAUGGCUGAUAUGAACCACAUCUUGGCGAGGAGGAAGCAGCUCCAUGCCACGGCUGCUGUCCCACUGCCUCUCAACCGCGCUGCAGAUCUAGUAGCUUUCAGAACUUCAGGAAGAAACAAGAUUGUGUGGUCAAGUCCUGAGAGUCCUGGGGAUUAUCCCCAGCUGCGCAGUUCGCGGCUGUGUGGCCACGGGUGAGUUAUCUCCCAGCCCCCUACCUGUAAAAUGGGGCUAAUACAGUCUCACCUAUCAGAGGGGUGGUGAGGCUUUAUGUUGAAAUCCACAGCUCAAAACUGCUAUCAAAGUGCAGUGCUAUGAAUUAGACACAAAAUUCUCAAGUCCCAGGCUAGCUGGAGACUCUCCAUUCCUCCUUCACACAGCCACAGAAGUGAUCGUCCUCACACACAGCAGCACAACUGAUGUAACAACAUUCUAGCAAGACACACCCUAACGAUCACAAUCGAUGACUAGCGCAGCAGGCCCUGGUGGCUGCAGUGCCCAGCACAGUUGUGGGCCCCGUCUUACACCCAGGGCUUUGCACUGGAAUGUUAUUGUAAGAAGUCCUUGGUUUGGAAUUCUGAAUACUUCCAGUCAUGUUCAAAGUACGAAGCCUUGCGCGCUCUGCUGAUCAAUCCAUACCGCUAA